ACCUCGAGAUUUUGUGCAGCCUAUCCUUCUGCGCAUCAUUUCCAUCACUUUCCGCUCUCCUGCUCUUUCUACCAGCGGUCUUAAGUAUAUUUUGCUGCUUAUAUAUUGAGCUGAUAUAUUUUCGCUAUCAUGGCAGAUGCUGCAAUUUCUUUUGCUAAAGACUUUAUGGCCGGCGGAGUAGCAGCGGCUAUUUCCAAAACUGCAGUCGCACCAAUUGAGAGAGUAAAACUGCUGCUGCAGGUUCAACAUGCCAGCCAGCAGAUCAGUGCAGACAAACAGUACAAAGGUAUUAUCGACUGUAUUGUGAGGAUUCCCAAGGAGCAAGGCUUUAUAUCCUUUUGGCGUGGCAACUUAGCCAAUGUCAUACGCUACUUCCCCACGCAAGCUCUCAACUUUGCCUUCAAGGAUAAGUACAAGCAGGUUUUCCUGGGUGGCGUAGAUAAGCACACGCAGUUCUGGCGAUACUUCGCCGGCAACCUUGCCUCUGGAGGUGCCGCAGGAGCCACUUCCCUCUGCUUCGUCUACCCCCUCGAUUUUGCUCGUACCCGACUAGCUGCAGAUGUCGGGAAGGCUGGCAGCAGCAGGGAGUUCAGCGGAUUGGCUAACUGCCUGGCCAAAAUCUUUAAGUCAGAUGGACUGCGAGGCGUGUACCAGGGCUUCAACGUCUCUGUUCAGGGUAUCAUUAUUUACAGGGCGGCUUACUUCGGAAUCUACGACACUGCCAAAGGUAUGCUUCCAGACCCCAAGAACACCCACAUUGUGGUCAGCUGGAUGAUUGCACAAACUGUGACUGCAGUUGCUGGCGUGGUCUCCUAUCCCUUUGACACAGUUCGUCGUCGAAUGAUGAUGCAGUCUGGGCGCAAAGGGGGGGAUAUUAUGUACACAGGAACCAUUGACUGCUGGAGGAAGAUAGCACGUGAUGAGGGUGGCAAAGCGUUCUUCAAAGGGGCUCUGUCCAAUGUACUAAGAGGAAUGGGGGGUGCUUUUGUGCUCGUCUUGUAUGAUGAAUUCAAGAAGAUUGUUUGAACAAUAAGUGCUAAGAGAAAGAAACAGCUUAGAAUAGUUCUUACCACACAGUUUCGUUUAGCUUUAGCCAAACCCUGUACAUUCCGCAAAAAUGUGGUCUUGGUAGUGUUAAAUGUGAGAAGAAAUAAUAUUUUUCUGUGUUUUUUCUUCUUAAACACGAUUAUGUUGCUAUACUUUAUGUUUAGAGAAUGCACUAUGGACCUAUGAUAAAAAUAAGGGCAUGUUGAAAGCCUCAUAAUAUUUUAUCAUAAAGAAAAAAUCUAUAUGUAUUUAAGCGCAAAGACAGAUACUUAUAUAGAAAUGUUGUGCAAUUGCUAAUGAGCUGCUAUAGAGAAAAAGUAUGCAUAUACAAUUUAAGCACAGUAAAAUGUUCCAAAAUCAUUUAAAUUUGACUCCUUACCACUUCUUUAUAACAUUCGAGGCAUCAGUAAUUCAACUCCAUGCACCGCAGUAGCAUGAUACCUCCACAAGAUGGCGUUACACGGCUACCUAUUUGGCCACAUACCUCGAUGCUUAGAGUUUCGGUUUGCAAAUCCUCUCAUAACAAGGGUGUACAAUAUCACAGUUAAAACAAAAUAUUAAGUUUAAACACCGCUGAAUAAUGUUCCGGACUUGAAACGUUUUACCCGUGACGAGUUGGACCUGACAAACGCACCAAGAGUUGGUGUCAUGGAGUCAUAGAGAUAUUAAAUAUGACGCUUUAAUUCACUACAGAUUUGCCCUUUAUCUGUCUCAGUCGUGAAUAGAGACGCUAAAGUCUUCCAACAGAAACGCGUGGAGCCAGAAACAUGACAUUCACAGGCAGACGUGAUGUGACAUGAAAAGUGUAUUUCCAUGAUUUCUCUUUUUGGAAGUAGGCGUAAGUAUUUUCC